AAGUUGUUUGACAACGGGGACACGAGAGCGAGACCGGAACAACAAAAAAUACUCUGUAGUAAGUUCUCUGGAUCCAACAUGGCACAGGCAGGUGUAUCGCGCCCUGCUUCACAAAUGAGCAUUGGCUCGCGGGUUGGGCUUACUCUACCAGAGAUUCAACACCCGAUUUCUCGACUUGGCGACCCCGACAAAAUCUCCGUCCGCGGCGUCUCCAGGCAAGGCGGGCGGGAUGUGGAAGACGCAGCGCCGAGCAGACCCUUGGCUUCCGAGAAGGACUACACUGCUCACCGGGUCCGUACCGCCGACAAAACUCACCGCGCCAAGAAGGAAGUCCUCCCGCCCAUGAAGUAUGAAUCAAUACCCGAAGGAGUCGAAGUGGUGGAAGCAUCAGACCCAAACAAAGCUCGUCUACCUGUGUUCGGUUCCCGGGCAGACAUGGCGAGCCGUGCAGACAGCCGUGCGAGUGUGGUCAGUCACGGCAGUGCCAGGAGUGGCGCGCUGUCCCGUCCUUCCACCAGACUCCGGCUGGAGAUAGACGAGCUGGAAAUGCUAUUGCGUGAGAAGAUGAAGGCAGGGUUCUACACCAUGAGGCAGGCCUUCAAAGCGAACGAUCCCGAAGGGAAGGGGAUAGUCUCCAAGGAGGCGCUGCUGCACAUUCUGACGUCAUUCCUCGGACGUCCGGUCACAACCAAGCAGUUAAAUCAUCUGCUUGCAAGGAUGGGCCUUGCCAACAAGAGCGUGAUCAAGUUUGAUGAGUUCUAUGCAGUGUUCCGGGAAUCCGUGUCUUCAGAGUAUCCGCGAUGGCUGGAUCCUGUCCAACGCCACUUCCAGGACAAGAUCACCAUGUCAUCCGCAGCAGUACACACCCAACUCAAGGAGAAAGCCAAAAUGAAGUUCCUGGAUCUUGGCGACCUGAUUCCACAGAGCAACCCGGGCGGUUCACUCCGUAUCCUUCCGCCAGAGUUCCGCAACAUCCUACAGAGAAUGGGCUUCUUUCUGGAGGACGACGAGUUCGGCAAGCUGUGGAAAAAGUAUGAUCCAGACGACCUUGGUGUUAUCAAGGGUGAUUACCUGAUGAAGAAACUCGGCAUCACCUUCAGAGAGAGCACGGCGAGCACCAAGAGAUCCCCCCGGGAGGAGACCGAUGUAAGCCUGCCGCCCACCCCCGCACCGGACGGUGCUCCUGCGCCCCAACCGUCCAAAAGUCCCGUCCCUGCAGAAGAGAAAGCAGGCACACCUCCACCGUCAACAAGAAGGUCCAUUACGAAAGCAGACGUCGAACGGAAGAUAUCACUUGACAUUGAGAACUGGCUGAAGAACAAGUUCAGAGAAGGCUUCAAGAACAUGAAGACCGAAUUUGCCAAGUACGAUCCUAAGAAGGAAGGAAAGGUGAGCCGAGAACAUUUCAGUAAGGUUCUGGCUAAGUUCGGGCUGCAGCUGAAGGAAGAUGCACAGCUGGACCAGUUCUUCGCACGUGUCGGGCUCGGCCCGAGCGACAGUCUGUCCUACCGGUACUUCCUACAGCGUUAUCAGGACCGCAGCGAGGCGGGCAUGCCUCACCAGAUCCUGUCUGACGAGAAACACAGAUUCAACCGAAGUGAAGGAGCGGGUAGUAUAGCAGCCUACUCUACAGCCACAGGCGCAGAGGCCAAGCUGAUGAACAUGUUCCAGUCCGAGUUCCUGGCUCUACUUGGGACAUUCCACAAAAUCGACAAGAGAGGAACUGACCUGAUCACACAACAAGAGUUCCGAGCGGCGAUUGAGAGCAGGUUUGGCAUCGAGGUGUCGGAUCAGGACUUCGAAAUCCUACUGGACAGGGUUCCGCUCAACAACGAUGGGCUGGUCAAAUAUCCCGAGUUUAUGGCGCAGUUUGACACCAGAGGGGCGGCACCAAGCCUGUUCGACGCAAAAUCCACGAAAACUGCAGUCAGCAAAAAGAAGCCAAAAGAAGAAAAGAAGCCCAAGAUGCCAGACCCGAUAGAGGUUGAGUACGAGAAGGGAAGAACUGCUGAACAGCUCUUUGUGGUUAUCAAGAGGCUGAUUACUGAACGGUUUCACGAUGUGGAAGAGGCUUUUUACGAGCUGGACGAGAACAACACCAAACGUCUGACCCAGGACAUGAUGUACGAUCUGGUCAAUAGAUUCAACCUCCACCCGAAAAUCACACGGGGCGAGGUACGGCGACUGUGGGACACUUUCAUCACAAACGUGGACAAGACGCUCGACUAUCUCCAGUUCGUCCGCCAUUUUGGCUACUCGGCCAAAUCUGCCUCCUUCCCCAACGCUAAGAUCUCUCCACCCAAACGUGGCGACAACGACUGCAUGAUCCGGUCCAGGAAACUCAACUGCGCCGCCGACAUGCUGGAGGACAACCUCCGGGCAAAGGUUGACUACAUGUGGGACGAACUGCGGAAGGAGUUUCUGGAGAUGGACGUGUACCACACCGGGUUCGUGACCCGGGAGGAGUUUCACGACGUGCUGACCGAGCUGUGCGUGCAGCUGUCUGAGUACGAGAAGCACGUGCUGGCCGACAAGUUCGCCACCAGGGGAGACGGAAGAGUGUCGUACAUUGAGUUCCUGAAGCCGUUCGCCCUCCGGAAGACCACGUUCCGACACGGCAACAACAUGCUGAACCUGCUGCAGCACCCCCAGGCUGAGCUUCCCAUGAAGGACGUGGUGGAUGAUCCGAACAAGGGGCUGGGAGGCAUCACAGCCAGACUACGGCAAAAGCUCGCGGGAGAUUGGAAGUACCUUCGCCGCGCCUUUAAGAAACUGGACAGCGACAACACCGGGUACCUGUCCCUGCCGGAGUUCCGGUCAGUCCUGCGGCUCAGCAACCUCAUCCUGGACGAGGACGAAGUCUACCACGUCAUGUCCAAGUUCGACGAAAACAUGGAGGGGAAGAUCCCGUACAACAGGUUCCUCGAAGAUACGUUGAGAAGGAAGCUGGACUCGCCCAGAAAAUCAGUGUCUCCAAGGAAGUCCACGGCUUAGAUAGAAGAGGUUCCGCUCCUAUGGCCUCGCCAAAAAAUCAAGAGAUGUAAUCUCACUGAACAAGUAAUCACAUAUAGAAUGAAGCUAUUUUAUCCAAUUCUAUAAUAAGAGAAAAAGCGUAAACCAUAUCUCAUCAGUUAUGCUGUAAAAAUCCUUCAGGUUUUUGUCCAAUACGCAAAUGAGAUUAAUAUGUUUUAACUGUUCAAAGUCUCUUGAAUAUUUUGUCCAUCUUAUGUAGUUUAGCAAAGAUUUUAACAUAACAUAAACAAUAGUGUAAGGAUUUUAAACAGUUAUAUUUUGAUACUGAAUUUUAAGUAUUGAUUUUAUUUCUCUUUGUUCUAUUUUAUAAGGCAUCAUGUGGAAUGAAUUUGAAAUUCUUGUCACCUUUGUACAGUAUUCAUAACGUUAUAUAUUUAGUUUCUACAUCAUAUUCUCUGUAUUACUAAAUGUGACAGUCCGACUUCUUAAUCUAUAAACUUCUUAACUUGCCAUUGGCGAUACUCAGUGUUCUCCUCGCCAUAUGCUUUCGAACAGACUUGUACACUAUUAUCUAUAUGAUUAUCUGACGACAGUGUACACUACGAAAUGAGUUAAGAGUUUUAAUUUUUUGUAACUACAGUUAUAUCAUGUGUUACAGAUUUUAUAUGUAUUGUUAGACAUUGCUUCUUUAAGCUGUAAGAAUCAUGCUAAGGUAAUAGUUUGUGUAAUAUUUCUAAGGGUGAAUUAAGCUCUGCACCAUUAUAAGCAUUUAGCUGCGUAUACUUUGACUAGAAAACGACAGUUUGAGUCUUUGAGUGACACUAUAGGUUCCGUCCUAUUCAUCCAUGAGGCAUGAAUGCUGCUAUUAGUAUUGAACAGAACAGACAAGUCCUUUUGUGGUGAAGGAAUGUGUAAAUAAAUGACGCUGUGUAUGCAAUUUA